AUAGCGAUACCCAUCUCCAAGUUUAGCCCCGCGACCAAUUUGCAUAAAAACAUUUGUUUGCUGGGCCCAAGCACACGGCGUGCGCUUUAUUCCGAUUCUAACCGCCUGCAGGUGCUAGCUUCCGCCCUGGGAACCAAGCCGCCGUCGCCAGCACCCACUCCGCUGCAAGUGCACAUGCAAAUCUAAUUCUGACAACAACAAAAAGAGCUUUGGAGCCUAUUGAGCAGCGACUUCGAGUGUUUUGUUAUUCGCCGCAUAAGUCGUCCCGUUGCGAAUACUAAUGCGAAUCGAAAGUAAAAGCUAAAGGCCAUAAACGGUAAAUUAUGUAAAGUAUUGGGCCAACAACAAGUCGUUCGUGGGUGCGUGUGUGUGUGUGAGUGCGCUUAUCAGAAAAGUUUAAUGGAGGCUGCGCCGGUAAUGCGUUCUCAGUCUCCAUUUCUCCUCCCACAUCUUUAGCAGCAAAGGCAACAACAGCACGGCGCGGCGAACAACAAAGUAACGGUAAAUAGUCGCCCUUUGUCGAGCGGGACAUAAAAAAGCACAAGUCGCCUUGCACAUUGGACACCAUUUUUCGCAUCGCUAGUUCAGUGGGACACCGCACACAUCGCUCCACAUAGCAUCAUAUGCUGUAGCUACAUACAUACACAUAUUGCCCUCACCUUGCACCCGUCAUCUCAUCUCGUCGUUUGGCCCUGCGCCAAGAAAUUAACCCCAUCAAGGCGACCACGCGGCUCAAGUUGAGGGCGUUAACAGAUGCAGUUCCCUUGGAUCAGUCGCGAAAUAAUGUUGACAACCGCAAACUGCAGCCGCUAUAAUAAUGAAGAGGACAAAAUAAACAAAUAAAUGCUCAAUGACUGACAUUUGCGUUGUAAGCAAGAAUCUAUCGAGCCAGCGAACUACUAUGGUUUAAUGCGAAAUAACAACAUCAGAGUCGACAAAUUUGCCACUUGGCUGAAGAAGGAAAACCCAGAAAGCCAUCAGACUGGAGGCCUCACUCACCCUGAAGCGCAUCUUUGCCCGCAAAAUUGGCUACAAGGCGAAGUCCAAGUCAAUUUUAGCGGCCAUGCGCACGAAACACUUGAUCCUGCUACUGAUCGGAGUGAUAAUCGCCACGAUCGUCUUCAUCGCAUUCGGGCCAGCAGGCGAGCCGAACGAUUCAUUCAAGAACAUUGUCGUCCAGACCCACCAGCAGUUCAAAGAGUUUCAGGAGAACCUGCGCGUUGGCUUGGAACACAAGAAGUUUGAAAUAGAUCCAAAGUACUUGCUACUCCUGGGAUUCGCGCCAUCCAAAGAUGCCUCAUCCCAACAGCAACAGCAACUGGAACUGGAGCAGAGAGCGUCGAGUCACCAGCUGCCCAAGACAGAUCUGCCAGCUUCAGCCACCAAAGCAGAACUGGAGCUCAGCGAGCUGCGAGGCCUGCAGCAUGCCCAGGAUGCCGUCACCUUCGGUGGCCGAGGAGGAUCGCGUGAGCAACGGGGUCAGCGCAGGCGAAUCACCACGCCCUUCAAUGGCACCAAGAGCAACUUCACCAUUGUCACCUAUGUGCUGGAGGGGCAGGCGGCAUCAGCCAUCCUGCUGGCCCAGAACAUUGCUGCAAAGCUACCCAGCGAGUACCUGCUCAUCUAUGAUUUGGGCGUGUCCGAGGAACAGCUGCGCGACCUGGGCGUCUACUGCAACAACAGUCGGUGCUCGGUGAUCACCUACGACCUGACGGAGUUCCCCUCCUUCGUCGGUGAUCAAAGAACGCACGCCUACCGGCCCAUCGUGAUAAAGGAUGGCCUGAUGAGGGCCAAGUCGGUGCUGUUCCUGGAGAAUCACAUGAGGGUGCGGGGUGGCUCCGCUCAGUUGCAGAAAUUGCAGAGCCGCGUCAUAGGCGAUGGAUCUCUUGGAGUCCUUGGAUGGAACACACCGACUGCUGUGUCCUCGCUGACACAUCCCAAGAUGUUCGACUACUUUGAGUCAAAUGCUGAGAACUUUAUCUUCCUGCGGAUGGUCGACCUGGACGCAGUUUUCUUCUCGGACUCGCCUGAAGUCACCGAGAAGAUCAUGCUGCCCUGGCUGAAGUGCUGCCUCACCCUCGAGUGCAUCGAUCCAAUCGGUGCCCAAUCCAAUGGCUGCAAGUUCAACAAGAAGCCACUGUACCGGUACUCCGGCUGUCAUGGCUACGAUGCGUCCGCCUUCAACAUCGUGCUGGGUCUCACCUCCCACUUGGACAACUCGAAGUACUCGCUGCCCAGCGACAGUCCCCGGAACAUGUUCUACAAGGAGACCCUGGAGCAGGCCACUCGAAUACUGGAGAGUAGGCGGCGCAACAGCAGCGAGACAUCCGACCAUCCCUUUACGGACGACUGAGGAGGAAGUGGAGCAGUACCUUUGAUUGGAACUGGACGUGGGACUAGCCAAAGCAUUUGAUACAACGUUUUCUACAGAUACACACACUCACACACUUGACACACUCAGGAGCCGGCGGAACAAAAGCAAGAUUAGUGGCGCCAUUGCCGAGAAUUCGGAAACAAAAGUCCUUAAUGUAGAUUAGCUAACAAGCGAACGCGCAAGCGUUUGACAAACGCUUUGUGUUGUCCUAGACCAGAGCACAGUAAAUUAUCGUAGUGUAGGCGUAGGAUGUUUAAGAUGAACGUAUCAAUACAAUACAUAUAACAAUUUAGUCAAGCCCUAGUUACUUACUUAACGAGAUCUGCAUUAAUACCCCCUGUGCGUGCGACUGUUGCCGAGCAUCGAUAAUUGUAAUUUCCCGCGUUUAGUUAACCAUCUGCCCCCCCUUCCCUCCCCCACACUGUACAUACAUAAGAAGGAAAAUCAAAUGGCAUACAUUUUGUGAUUGUAUUUUAUAGUUACUCCACGUAGACACUCACGUAUAUAGUAUAUGAAUAUAUAAAUUUAAUGUAAACUGUCCUAGAACAAGAUGAGCCAAAAAAGUAAGUUAAUAAAAUCCUGAAUUACCAAAACCA